AUGGCCAAGACCACAUGUUCUAUCAUGCCUUUAUCCUUCUUCUUCCUCUUCAUUCUAAGCUUCAAAGUAGCAGCAUCAUCAACAUCUACAUCUUCUAAGGAGGAGAUUAGUUUGAGCUACGACUUCUACAAAACUAGUUGCCCCAACGUGGAGAGAAUCAUACACAAUGUGGCCUCUCAGAAGCUCCUUGAAGCCCCCACCACCGCCGCCGGUGCUCUCCGCCUCUUCUUCCAUGACUGCUUCGUCGAGGGAUGUGAUGCAUCUGUGUUAAUAGCAUCUACCAAAAACAAGAAGGCUGAGAGAGAUGCAGAGAUAAACCUUUCGUUGCCGGGAGAUGGGUUCGACAUGUUCUUCAGAGCCAAGAGAGCCUUGGAGUUGCAGUGUCCCGGCGUCGUCUCCUGCGCCGAUGUCAUGGCUAUAGCAACUAGAGACUUGGUUAGCCUGGUUGGUGGGCCGAGAUGGGCAGUUGAAAAGGGGAGAAAAGAUGGGCUUGUUUCAAGGGCUUCCCGAGUUGCAGGUAACCUCCCUGAAGUGAACCAAACCAUCUCUCAACUCAUCUCUCUCUUCAAGUCCAAAGGCUUGAAUGUACUUGAAAUGGUGUCUCUAUCUGGAGGCCACACUAUAGGUUUCUCACAUUGUAAGGAGUUCAUGUCUAGAAUCUAUGCCUUCAACAAGACAUAUGGUAUAGACCCAACCAUGGACCAAAAUUAUGCCAAGAGCCUACAGAGCCCAUGUCCGAAGUCGAAUCCAGACCCAACAGUUGUGGCCUUCAACGACGUAACCACGCCCAUCGUGUUUGACAAUGUCUACUAUCAGAAUCUUCAGAAAGGGCUAGGAUUGCUUGCAACUGAUCAGAAGCUUUUCAUUGAUCCCAUGACUCGUUCAUAUGUGAAUUUAAUGGCAAAGGAUCAGCAAGUCUUCUUCAAUUACUUUGUUGCGUCCAUGAUCAAGUUAGGAAGGAUUGGGGUGAAGACGGGAAGCGAUGGCGAGGUUAGACGUGAUUGUGGAUUCUUCAAUGGUUGAAUUUCAUUUGUUGGAUCAAUUGGGCUCUUGAUUCAAAGAGUGCUUUGAUGUGGUUUCUGUAGUCUGGUUAGAGUGA